CCGCCGCAUCUCACUCGCGUCUGCCUGGAUUUUACGCACGCAUGAAGAAGCACAGCGUCGGUCGGCGGCUUCAGCGGAGAUUAUACGCAGCUCUGGGCCAUUCGUACUCCUGUCUCCUCGUCCGCGACCCGAGCGUUGCCAAAAGCGCCACGGCAAUGACGGGCUACGAGAUCUCCCACGUCCUGAAGGAAGGAGAGCUGGAGAAGAGGAGCGACAGCCUCCUCCAGUUCUGGAAGAGGAAGACCUGCGUCCUCACCACGGACAGCCUGAACAUCUACACGGACAGCCAGAAGAAGAACAAGAGCAAAGAGCUCAAGCUGCAGGCCAUCAAGAAGGUGGACUGCGUGGAGCGCACCGGGAAGUUCGUGUACUUCACGAUCGUGACCACGGACAAUAAGGAGAUUGACUUCAGGUGCCCGGGAGAGGAGAACUGCUGGAACGCCGUGAUUACGAUGGCUCUGAUCGACUUUCAGAACAGAAAAGCCAUUCAGGACUUCAAAACGCGGCAGGAAUCGGAGAACACGUCUUUGGGGCAGCAGGAGAGAUGCAAGGCGAGAGCGCCUUGAGAUGUUCCCCGAACCGAGCCUGACAAGAGAUACAGCGAACCGAAUCUUGAAGCUCGGACCAAAGCGAAGCGCGUCGGCAUGUCCGAAAGGAGCCCGUGUGCUCGGAGUCCGGACUGUCACUGAGCCGGUCCGAGAAGGUCUUGGGGAACAAACCUGCGACGAUUUCAACCCUGAAAAACACUCAAUGUGACUGAAUCCUUGAAUCACUUUCUCAAGCGCCUCCACAAGGCUGCGGACGUGUACAUGUAAAAUGCACUUAUUUAUUUUUUACGAAAGGAACGCUGCAGACAGCCCCUGCCGAUGUUGUAUUAAGUUAUUUCACGAUGUAUGUAUUUAUUUAAAUAAAUUUGCAUAAAACCGA